AUGAUGUCUAGAAGCCAGUCGAGUCUAGGUCACCUGGAUUCUUCCAGAGAUGAACACCUCUCCUCUGGAAUCUCUCCCGGAGCUCAGACCGUGAACUCGUCUUCAAAUCCUGUCAAUCUAUCGGGUCUUGUGUGCAAUGUACGCCGUACUUCCGGCCGCGAGCCUCCCGCUCUUGUCGGGGCCACCACGACCAUUCUCGGCGAUAAACUAUACGUCUUUGGAGGGCGUAUCCUUUCAAAAACCCGCCCGCAUUUGACGUCGGACAUAUUCGAGCUGGACUUGAUCCGGCGUCACUGGUCGAGAAUCGAAGCGACUGGCGAUAUUCCCCGCCCGCGAUAUUUUCAUAGUGUUUGUGCUCUUGGCGAUAACAAGUUGGUAUGCUACGGUGGCAUGUCGCCUAUUACAAGCUCUUCUCAAGACGCUGCGAACAGUGCUAGCCAUGAGCCGCAACCCGAAGUGGUUGUCAUGUCAGAUAUCCACAUUUUCGAUGUUCCAACCCGUACCUGGACUCGUGUCAACACCCACGAUUCUCCACAGGGACGUUAUGCUCACUGUGCGACCAUAAUACCCUCGAGUGCUUACUUCACCUCCGCGACCGCUCCGCUCUCUGCGAUUCACCAUAACCCUGCGUCGGCCAAUCCUCAUCAGGGCUCGAUCGGUGUGGAUAUCGAUGGCUUUGGCGGAGCGGAAAUGGUAGUGGUAGGUGGGCAGGACAGCACCAACCACUAUAUUGAGCAGAUAAGCGUAUUCAACCUACGCAGUUUGAAAUGGACAAACACGAGUCCUCUAGGAAGGAGUUGUGGUGCGUAUCGGAGUGUCGCUGCUCCCUUAACCGGCAUGACUGUGUCAGACAUAGGCUCUGCGUCUACGGAGAGAGAUGCACAGGAGCCCACAGAAGGCUCCGGAUCUGCAGGAUGCCCAAUGUUGAUUUACUCCAACUACAACUUCCUAGACGUCAAACUCGAACUCCAGCUGCGUCUGCCGGAUGGUCGUUUGAUUGAGAAGGCUAUGCCGAGCCAGGCCUCCCCUCCAGGCUUACGGUUUCCCAAUGGUGGUGUCAUCAACGGACACUUUGUGGUGAGCGGAACCUAUCUUACUUCGUCAAAACAAGAAUACGCGCUCUGGGCGCUCGACUUGAAGAGCCUCACUUGGGGUCGGAUUGACGCUGGUGGGUCUGUAUUCGGACAAGGUAGCUGGAACCGCGGUGUACUCUGGGCGAGAAGGAAUACCUUCGUGAUUCUUGGGCACCGGAGACGCAAUCUUGUGGAAGACUACAACCACCGUCGCAUCAACUUCACUCAUCUGUGCAUGGUGGAGCUCGAGGCGUUUGGGCUCUACAACAACCCUUGCAGGAUGUCUCCGACAUCUGGAUACACUUCUCAUAGUGCUCCUUCAGUCCCUGCUUCGUUCCAUCAUAAGCUAUCUCAGCUCACGUCGGGUGGCCGGCCGUUUUCACCAGCCUCCGACGGAUUGGGGCGGCUUGCCCUGGCAAUCCCCGAAAUGGCUGAUAUGGAGCUUCAAGCCGUAGGGGGAGAGCGGAUUCCGGUGAACUCACGGAUCCUCAGUCGUAGAUGGGGUCCCUAUUUUAUUCAGCUCUUGCGCGAAUCCUCGGAUACAUCAUCAGAUGCAGCGACAUUGCGGCCUGCAUUAGCGCCAUACCCAAGUCGCAAUUCCAGCAUCACAAUAACGCCGUCGCUGGACCAUGGCAGCACCUACUCCAACGCCACGACCCUUGCCAGCAACAGCCAUAACCCUUCCAAAUCCCUCCUCGCGAACCUUGAACUACCUUCCGCCCACAGCUUACCCCCAACAUCCCGCCCUCGCAUUCUAUACCUUCCACACACCGUCCUCACCCUCGAAGUCCUUGUCUACUACCUCUAUUCUUCGUCCCUUCCUCCAGUCGGAUCCCCGCUCUGCACCCCUCAGAUUCUCUGCUCCCUCCUCCAACUUGCUCGUCCAUACCAGGUCGACGGCCUCCUCGAAGCAGUCGUGGAACGCCUCCAUCAAGUCCUCGACGGCCGCAAUGCAGCAGCUGUUUUCAACGCCGCAGCCAUGGCGGCGGGCGGCGGCCGAGGCACAGGCUUCAUCAGCGGCCCUGGCGGCACUCUUGAAGCCCUCAAUGGCGCACACGCCGCCAACGAACUCGCAAACUCCACCGCCUCCCUCGCCCUCCGCGACAGCCGCUUAAACUCUGACUCUUCUGACACAGAACACGGCGCCAACUCCUCCGUCGCCAGCAGCAGCGCCGGUGGCGCCUCUACGGGACCCCGCGGCGUGCCGCUCCGCAUCAACACGAACGUCUUCAACCGCCGGCACCAGCGAAACGACCGCGAGGACUCCAUCAGCAACGCGAGCACAUCCUCUGCGUCCGCGACGAGCUUCGAUCACUCCGACUCGGAACCUCUUUCCGCUGAUCCUGCGCGAGCUACUCGACGACGCCGCGGAACACACGGCGACCGCGAGGUUUGGACCGGCGAUCUGAGCAGCGUCAUCGGGCUUCAGAAACGGGGACUCCGUGGGCUUAUGGAGGGGCGACGGUUGCGUGAGCGGAGCGCGAAACCUCCCAGCUCGGGCCAGGUGUCUGCUGCGACUAUUGCCGUUGAACCGACUCUUGCACAAUAA